UGUGAUACCAAGAAAUGGUGUCGAAAGGAAACGAUCAUUUAGCACCCUGAAGUACUAGACAUUGAGGUACUUGAAAAAACACUAAACACCCACUUCGAGCCUUUGAUCAGUUUACAAUCAAACACAAGCAAAUUGUUUCAAGAUUACGCAAUGAAUCUGAUCUUCAUCACAGUUACUGUCGUCAUCUGCUGUGCCACCCUCACGAAAGCUUUUAACACAACAAACUCCACCAACUCCAGCCUCCAAACAAAUAGCACAAAUAACAACACAACACCACUUACGACACUGUAUAUUGGAGCGUUUUUUGACCUCACAGACAAAAACGGCUAUGGAGCUUUACCAAUGGCACUUCAGGCCAUAGAGGAAAUCAAUAACAACCCAAGUGUGUUGCCAGGGUACCAACUUGAGUUGGUUGUCAAAUCAACACAGGGAAGUUUCGGAAUUGGACAGAAAGCUUUCAACGAAUUUCUGAACACAGGACCGACCAAAAUCAUGUUACUGGGACCGGGGGAAGAUUCCUUGGCCAAAUCUAUAGCUGCGUACUCUGGAAUACCGGAUAUCAACCUCCUCCAGUUUUCCUAUGGAACAAGCGAUCUUGAGCUUGAAAACAGGAGAGACUUGUACCCAAACUUUUUUCGGACAAAAACAUCUCCCACUUCAUUAGAUGUACCAAGAAUAAAAUUUAUCAAAGAGUAUGGAUGGGACGAAGUUGGAAUUAUUUAUGGAGACAGCGAGAGGUAUUUUCAGCUUUCCAAUCAACUGGCAGGCUCAUUAAAGGGAAGCAAAAUAAAAGUUUUAGCAGAAGUACGGUUACAAGCUAAUGAUCCUACACGGGCUAUCCGAACGAUGAAGGAUAGAGGAAUUCACGUUAUUCUUGGCAUGUUUUCGCUUGAUUCCACUGCACGAAAAAUGUUUUGCGAGGCUCAUCGUGCACGGAUGUACGGUCCACAUUAUGUCUGGAUUCUUACAAACAGCAAAAAUAACAACUGGUGGAUACCGAAAAAAGGAGAAAGCAUCGCUUGUUCGGACUUGGAAAUGAAAUGUCAAAUACAGAACCACUUUUCAUUUUAUCAUACUAACGUAGUGUCAUUGCAAAGAACCUUUUACUCCUAUGCCAAAAAGAACAAGAGUCAAAUAAUCAACGAUUAUCGAGCAAGAGUGGACAAUCACAACGAUACAUCAAACCGAAGUGAUCAGUACUUACAUGUUUAUGAUGCACUGUGGUCGAUCGGUUUUGUGCUGCACAACUCUAGACAAGAGAUCAAAACGCAAGGAAAAACUCUGGAAAAUCUGACAUACGGCGAUGCUAAUGCAACAGACGUGUUUCGGAAGUGGGCAUUAGAUCUGGACUUUAAGAGCCCGAACAUAGGGACAAGAGUAAGAUAUUACCCCAAUGGAAACAGACGAAACGGAAUUAUCAUCAAACAGAUUGUAAUAGAAGAUGGUAUUUUCAAGACAGUAACAGGUGGAACAUUUGACGUGAAAACGGAAGUCCUCAAAGCGUCAACAGAAAUACACUGGUUUGCUGGCACACCUUAUACCAAGACGACAGAGACGUACAUCUACCGUACAAUCGACGAGACGUUAUUUUUUGUCAUAAUUGCAUUCGCGUCACUUGGAAUCGUUUAUGGUCUAAUCUGCCUUUUAACACUGGUGUUAAACUUCAAGAAGAAACUUGUAAAAAAUUCUGGUCCAGUGAUCAGCCUUCUCAUCAUUCUGGGAUGUCUUCUGAACUACGUCACUGUAAUUCUUUAUGGCUUUGACUACGCACGCGUAUCCCCAGAUGUCGUCACACGCCUAUGCAGGGCUCGUUCCUGGACAUUUAGUAUUGGUUUCACACUAUCUGUUGGAGGCCUGACUGCCAAACUGUGGAUGGCUUAUGGAGUAGUGAAAGAAAGAUUCGUCAGAAGCAGGAAAGUUAUGAUGUUUUGGAUGCUUGGAAUUCUUGUUCUUCUCUUAGUCAUCGAUAUCACAAUCUUAGGAUGCUGGGAGACCAUAGAUCCCUUAUACCGUAUUCUCAAACAAGUCCGGUCACAGCCCGAGUAUGAGUGUUUCCAGCCUAUAACUGCUGACACCUUUCAUGCCAAGAUUGAGGUUGUGGAGCAAUGUAACUGCGCGGAUUUGACGCAGUGGCUGGUCGUGAUUCUUGCAUUCAAGGCGCUACUUGUGUUAGCCGGUGGAUUUCUGGCUUGGCAGACAAGGAAACUUUACAUUCCCGCGCUAAAUGACACACAGCACUGCGUGUCAUGCAUGUUCGUGGUAGUGGUGUUCUGCGUGGCUGGUGCCAUUGUGGCUUUUACAGCCACGUUGUACCCAAGCGUGUAUUACGGUGUUAUUGGUGGUCUUGUAAUCUUCGCCACGACUCUAAUCCUUUUCCUGCUAUUUAUAAACAAGAUCGUUCGCUUGAGCUGCAAAAGGACAAGUGGCAAAUCUGCAGUUGCUGGACAAUCGGCAGAGUAUGACACCACCUGCGCCUGCGGUGCAGCCUGUGCAAAGUUUUGCUCGUGCUGCACAUGUUCAUCCGCUUGUUGUAUAUCCUUUUGGUCUUGUUUCCCGUGCUGCAAUUUGUUUACCUGCCUGCGGUCGUUCUUCUGUGGGUCCCAAGUGCAUCCCUCCUCCGGGGAUAGGAAAGAAAGCGAAAACGACUUUUAUAUCGGAGGUCAUCUUCAAGAUAAAGACGCGGAAAUAGUCUAUCUCAAAAAUGAGCUUCGCGAGAGAGACACCAUGCUGAGUAAUGUGCAACAGAAGCGCACAGUUAAGACUAUCGCUACCCAGACACACGAUGACGGUAGCAACUUCCUGGAUCACGGCGAUGACGAUUACGACAGCACACUUGACGCAAGCGGUAGUGAUGCUGAGAGUUUCACGAGCACUGAUGGAAGAAAGCGCAUCCGGCGCGCGGCAAAUAAAAUCCGAAUCUUUCACGAAGCGGCCGAUUACUCUCAUGUGAGAAGCAAGGUGAACACUGGAAUAAGAUCUUCCCUGGCUCCAAGCACUCCACAAGAAAGGAGGGGCUCACGGAUGUCAAUUUCUUCAAUGUCCAAUGAAGAAAUACGCAAACUCAAGACAUCAGUUGCAGAGAAAGAUGAUGAAAUAAACACAUUAAAGAAAGAACUUGAGGCACUAAGAAAGCAGGAAUCCACAGGAAAUUCUCUUCAAAGGAAGUCUACAACAGAGCAGAAAUCAGGAGAAACUUUCCCCGGAACGCAACGAAUUCUAUUGAUUGAGACACCAGCGACGCCCAUUCCUGAAGACAAAACUACAUUUACUUUUCCUGUUCAGUCUUCGCGAUCCACAAGUCCUUCAACAGUUCAGCCUCCAGGGUCCCCCAGUUCCUCAACUACAAAGCCUUCGGUAGCUCCCAGUUUCUCCAUUGUCAAGCCUUCGAUGUCCCCAAGUUCCCCCACUGUUAAGUCCUCGGCAGCCUCCAGUACCUCCCCUGGAAAAUCAUUGGCGUCAAAAAGCCCCUACGCUGUCAAGUUAUCAGGGUCUCUCAGUCCCAACGCAGCUAAGACCUCAGUGUCUACAUCGACGGUUAAGUCUUCGGAGUCUCACACUACCCCUUCAGCAUCUCCGGUUCCCAGCUCGAAACGUAAUAACAUAGCCAAGAAAGUGUCUAUCAACGAAGAAGACUCCUCAUCUGAGAAACUUUCGAAUAAACCAGAAACACAAGCGCAGGAUAGAGCACAUAAAAAGAACUCUAUUGGCCCUGGAGGGGCGUGGCUAUUUGACGAUCAUUCCGAGCCGACAAUGCUGGAGAAAAGCAUCAACAACGACUCGGCCACGAUGGAUAGUAACAAAGCCACAGGUCGUGGAUCUAAUAUUUCCCCCACUGAUAAAAAUAAACCUGACGAAAAUCUGAAAGCAUCCCUUACAAACGUGUCCAUAUCUGUUCCUCUAGACAACGAAUCUGCUCCUGAAAACGCAAUAAUUGGUACAAAAAAAGAGUUGAAGAGCACAGACAAAGAAGAUGGAAAUGGAAAAAGAGAUGACAUAUACAUUAAUAACCUCAACAGUGGCAACGGGAAAAACCCCAAUAACCAAGAUCAAACUUCUAGAACUGCAAAACCCAAAGGCGAAUUAGCAGAGGAUGCGAGCUCUGCUGUGGAGAAAAGCGAACCCGAAAACGCAGAAGUUAUGAAGGAUGAGAGUGGAAGAACCAUCGAAAUAAUUGACGAAGAAGAAGACGACGACGACGAUGAUGAUGAUAAUGAUGAAUACGACGACGAAGAGGAAGAAGAAGAUGGAGACGAAGAUAAAGAAGGUGCUGCUACUACUGGCGAAGCAGCAGGCGGCCACAAUGGUGCCAGGAAGAGUAAAAAAAGGGGAAGACGCAAAAAAUUAGGAUACGGCAAGUUGAAAUGGAAUGCUGCAUCCAAAGUUGACACUGGUUCAGGUACACGCUCUAACGCGCCUAGAAGAAGUAUUAAGAAGAUUCCUCGAUACAAAAACGAUUAUUCGCACGUACGGUCGCGAGUAACUUCAGUUAGUGAGGGGAGUACUGGAGAGAAAGUUACAGAUAGUCCAAUAACCAAGCGGAAACAGAGUGAAAACGAAGAGAAACGGAUUAGGAGUCAAUCCUUGUACAGACCUCCCCCUGAGUACAUUAAAGUACGACCACGCUUAUACAAUGAAGGAAGGAGAUACAGCGAAAUGCCAAGACAUAGUACAAUGCCUUACAGCGUAAAGCAAUCUUCUCGAUGAUGAAAAAACUAUGAGAUCAUCAAUAACAUCCGCUGACCAUAACUGACGCUGCUCGUAAAGUUUCAAAGGGCUUGCCAUGUGCAACGGGCAAUUCGAAGAUCAGUGUUGGCGGCGCAGAUACAAAGAGGUAUAUUGAUAAUCAUAAAUGUAAUUACAAUUUUGGACUUUUUUACAUAAAGUGUACAAACUCAUAACGAAAAAAAUUAAAAAGCCGUGAUUAAUUCUGUAACUUCUUUUCAAUUAAGAGUCCAAUUCAUUAAACCAAAAUGGCACUAUUUUUUUUGUCAACUGCUCAUAUCUUACAAAAUACGUAACAAUAAACAAU